UUUAAGCGGGUUGUAAAAAGUUGUUAUAAUUAUUAAGCGAGUAGCCAGAGAGUUGUUUUUAAUGUCAGGAAAAUUCCUAUACAUAUACGAUAUAGAGAAAGAGAGAGAGAGAGAGAGAGAGAGAAAGAGAUACUUGCAACGCGCGACACGGCCCUGCUGUGCUUACGGUCGAAAGCAAUCGAAGGUAGUCGAAGCCGUCCGACGAACGUUAGGAAAAGUGGGGUGCUUCCCCUCCUUUUACUCUCGCCGCCCCUCGAUCCCCCACCAACGGACCUGCACCCCCUUCUUCCAUGCUUCUUUGUCUCUUUCUCUUUUUAUCCAUCUAUCUAUCUCUAUCUCUAUCUCUCUUUCACUCUUUCUUUCUCAGUCGCUUCCUCCUCUUUCUCCGUCUCUCUCUUUAUCUCUGUCUUCUCCCAACCUCUUUCUCUCUUUCUCUCUCUCUCUCUCUCUUUCUCUCUAUUAUAUAUGUGUAUAUAUAUAUAUAUAUAUAUAUCUCUUUCUAUCUCACACUCUCGCUCCCUCGCUCGCUCGUUCGUUCUUAACGUCAAACCACUUAGGGCCGCGAACCUCGGCAGUCAGUCGAUCUUUCCUAGCGGCGGCAUUCCGGCAUUUUCCAGCUGAUCGGGCGCGGGCGGUUCGACAAACGCCAUUUUGUACGUCACACACAUCCGUUGUUGUCGUUGUCGUCGCCGUUGUCGUCGUAGUCAUUGUCGUUGUCAUCGUCAUCGUUGUUGUAGUCGUAAUCGUCAUCAUCCCGUCCGUCAACGCCGGCGUUGUGCUUCUUCAUUAUAUUCGUCCCGAAGUGUUGUCGUUUCGCGACGCGGCGUUCUCUCAUUCUCUCUUCUCGUCUCUCUGCACGUCAAAUGAAACACACGUCUCGCGUGCGCGUGAAACUCACUCAUUCACUCACUCUCUCUCUCUCACUCCACUCUUUCUCUUUGCGCGCGCGCGUGUGUGUGUGUGCGCGCGUGUGACAUAUAUAUAUAUAUAUAAAACUGUCUCGUGCGUAGUAAUCUCGUGUAAGAGAGUACAUAUGUAACUUAGAGUACAAGAGACAUGUGCUCCUUUUUCUUUUUUUAAGGGAAAAGAAAUAAAAGCAAUAUAUAAAUAUAAAAGAAAAAAAUAUCACCAGGUAUAUAUAGGAUCGCGUGUUUGCGCACGCACGCACGCACGCACGCAUGCACGCAAGUAAACACACGACUGUUCGGUUACCGAAAAUACGUGUUAUUUAGUUGUGUCGUUGUCGUCAUUGACCGUCGUUUUCGUCAAAAAAGAAAAUAAACAGAGAGAAAGAGAGAAAAAGAAAGAAUAAAAAGAAUAAAAAGAUAAAAGCAAUGAAACAAGAAAAAGAAAAAAAGAGAGGAAAAAAGUUACAAGCCGAUUCGUAACCAUUUCGUAAAAGCGCGCCCUUUUGACGGUUCUCCUUCUCCUCCUACUAUUCCCUUCGAAAAGAGAGGGAGAGAUAGCAUGUGCGUCUGAAAGAGAGCGAGAGCGAAAACGUGAAUGAGAAAGAGAUAGUAGACAGACGGACAUUAGAG